GCCAACAUCAUCACUUGCACCGCAGACCACACCACUCACCAUGAUCACCAAAGUGCUCAUGCUCCUCUGCCUCCUGGUCAGUGUUGCCUUCUCACAAAGCAUCGUGGGAGGAAGUUCCAAGUGUCUGUGCAAGAAGACUCGGGAUAAUCUUGGCAUUAAUCCCCGCCAAAUCCAGAACAUGGAGAUCUUCCCUCCAUCCAACUUCUGCGACAAGAUGGAGAUUAUCAUCAACCUGAAAAGAGGGGGCCAGUACUGCCUGAAUCCUGAUGCCCAGAAAAUCCGUGACAUUCUGAAAAAAAUGGCAAAUAAACCAAGGAAGACAAUCACUGAGACCGCUUGAGGAAACCUGUGGUUCGAAAAGUUUGAAGACCUGAUGCUGAAUUUGCACAAUUCAUUUCCCCCACUGUCCUGUGCCUCCU